CUUGGAUUAGAGUACUGCUGAUCGUCAUAUACCAAUUCCAGCUGAUGUGCAAACUUCAAACCGCCGACUCGACAUCAAGCCCAACAGAUCCUACGACCUGCCAUACUAGGACUGCGUGGACUGACUUGUUUCGCUAACUGGACCGAAUCGCAAUGCUAGCCAGGUUGGCACGGUGGUGCACCAUCCAAGUGCUUGACUGACAUAGUCCUUGGUCUGUUCUCGGGAAAGCACGACAUCUUCAUCGUGACGUUCAUACACGAUCUGAAAUCCUAUAUAAAUCAUGGUCUGCUCCUGUCCUCCCCUUCCGAUUCAUCAACAACUUCAGCAGUCACUCCUUUGAACCCGGUAGCAAGCCACCGUCCACUCUUUCAAAACUCCAAACUCCUUUUCAAAGCCUCUUCAAACACAAGUCUCCGAGACAUCCUAUCAAACAGUCAACAUGCGUCCCGCAGCUGUUCUUGCUUCUCUCCUCCUCGCCGUCUAUGCUUCGGCUAUCCCUUUGAACAAUGCCAAGCUCAGCAGCGCUCUUGAGGCAGUCAAGCGUGACAUCGCCACAGUCGAGACCAUGGUUGUUGACAAGCGUCAACUCUUGGAUCUGAGCUCCGUCACCGGCCUCGUUGACGAAGUCCUCAGCACCUUGACCGGCUUGCUGCCCACCAUCAUCAGCACAGUCUCUGGUCUUGACGCAAGUGUCAACAGCAUCGUCAGUGGAGUCGAGUCUGACGUUGAUGGAGCCCUCAACACCAUCAAGUCCACCCUCCAAAGCACAGUUGACGAACUCAACGGUGUCAUCAGCGGCGUCGACCUCACUGGAACACUCGACGGCCUUGUUGGAGACGUCAACGCAGCCAUCAGCGAAGUCCAGACUCUCUUGACCGACGUCGAAGGUAUUGCAAGCAGCGUUGAUGUCGACGGCCUCCUCUCAGAAGUCACUUCGCUCGCCCAGCAACUCCUGAACAUCCUCACCGGUCUUGCUUCAACCGCCACAUCAUCCGUGUAGAAGCCAUGCCCAAGUCUUACAAUCGACACGUUCGGUGAAGUCCAUCACGGUGACCGUGAAGACCUAUAUUACUAGGUUUCAUGGUGAUUUACGGAUUCAUUUUGUAUGGGGAUGAGCAACUUCGUCUAGCAUUUCCAGCGGCCGGGUUCAACGGGCUUGAGAAAAGGAUAAUACCCAAAUUCUGCGUUGGUGAUUAAUGCCAGAUGAAGUUUCUAUUGUGACAGGCAGAGAUUGGAUAUACCCUAGUAAUGCAUAUUUGAACAUUGUGAAA